GCCCUCCUCUUCGGUCCGCGGAGUGAGUGACUGAAGCUGCGGCAGUAGCAGGGCCCUCCCUCCGUCUCUGCCGUUAUAUAUUCGCAGCCGGUUCUUCCAGGCAUGGAUGUCGGUUGCAGUACGAUAUGGCAGUGCGACAUUACACCCUCGAUUUUAACCUCUCCACGGCAGUUGAGUGUGCCUCGGUAGUUCCUGGUCUGUUGUCCAUCUUCCAUGAGCAGGAGUUGGCAGAGACCAUUCAUGACACAAAUGGGCACGGGUACCUUGCCACAUUUGUUGGCAAAAAUGGCCGACUUGUCAUUCUGCGUGUGCACUCCCACGGCCUGGUGACCAUCGAUCUGCAGUGCUAUGAAGAGGAUAAUGUUGCACAGUUAGACAAUCUUUUAAAUUCUCUGGAAAAGAAGUUAAAAGUCAUUUUGAAUGGAAACAUUGCAAGGACUAAGAAGCUGCCACCUCUGGUGCGAGGAGCAAAAGUGGACAGAUACUGGCCCACUGCUGACGGCCGACUGGUGGAGUAUGACAUCGACAAGGUGGUGUACGAAGAAGAUUCUCCUUACCAAAACAUCAAGAUAUUGCACUCGAAGCAGUAUGGAAACAUCCUAGUGCUGGAUGGAGAUGUCAAUCUGGCAGAGAGUGACUACGCCUACACAGAGGCGAUUACAGGGAGCGGGAAAGAGAAUUAUGCUGGGAAAGAGGUUCUGAUAUUAGGAGGAGGAGAUGGAGGGAUCCUUGCUGAGUUGGUCAAACAUAAACCAAAGAUGAUCACUAUGGUGGAAAUUGACCAGAAGGUGAUAGACGGGUGUAAGACGCACAUGAGGAAAACCUGUGGCAAUAUCCUGGACUCCCUGAGGGGAGACUGUUAUCAGAUAUUAAUUGAAGACUGUGUUCCCCUGCUGAAGAAGUAUGUCCGUGAAGGAAGGACAUUUGAUUAUGUUAUCAAUGACCUCACUGCAAUCCCAAUAUCCACGUCGCCAGAAGAAGAUUCUACAUGGGAGUUCCUUCGUCUCAUUUUAGACCUGUCAAUUCGUGUUCUGCAUCCAAAGGGGAAAUAUUUCACACAGGGUAAUAGUGUGAAUCUGACUGAAGCACUGAGUCUGUACGAGGAGCAGCUGGGAAAACUCUCGUGUCCCGUGGACUUCCGUAAACAGGUGGUGUGUGUGCCCUCCUACCUGGAGCAAUGGGUUUUCUACACAGCAUGGAAGAAGUAAAGACUUUCUUUCUGUGGAUUUUUCAAGCAGCUGAAAUGUAAACGUGUGGAAGGAUUUAUUUCUUUUAAAUGUCUCCUGUAGUUCCAAAGAUGUUGAAGGUGGUGUCAACACAAAAACAUUUAAGCUAAAAAGAGCUAGUUACUAAUUCUGACUUAUUCUCCUCGUUUUACUGGUUUUAACAGAGGGCUCCACGUCCUCUCUACUCCUAAACCCACACUCAGACCGCCUCCUCUUCCUCCCAUGUUUUAGUUGUUUUAAAUUUGUUGUUGCAACUUCAAAAGUGUAUUUCAAUUUUGUCUAUAUUUUAUAUGUUCAUUUGCUUGUGCUUUGAAGAAACUGUUAGAUGUUUAUACACUGAUUUGAAACACUGAUAACGUGUUGUAGCUUAUUUUACUAUAGAUCUGUGACUGCUUUUGUUUUUUUUUCUUCAUCUUGAGCUUUUAGGUUUACUUGACGUGUUUCUUUUAAGCUUGAUUUUGUUACUGCUACCAAAAUGUGAGCUUCCUGUUCCAGGGUUGUCUUGAGGCGGCGUGAACAUGCCUUCUGAGGCUUAACGUUUUAAAGUCCAUGUUUAAAAAGAAAAAAAAAAAAGGGAAAGAUCAGACACAAUGAGGCCACCUUUGUGCUCGUGCAGUUUUUCUGUUCCUCUUUCUUGGCACCUUGGAUUCCUCCUGAUGUGACUGAAUUAGGUGCAUGUAAAGGACGGUGAAUGUAGCUUGUUAUGUAUACAAAUCACAGCACAUUUGAAAGACCCUGCGGGACAUUUAUUUAUUCAUUAAAGGUUCACCAAAUGCUGUUAUGUCCUACUUAAGAAAGUUUUGUGAACAUCUGAAAUAAAACUGUUCUGAGUAGAAACUGUUGGA